UGAUCCUUUUGCCCUUUUUCUAUGGCUACAGAGCAAAUCCGAGCUGUGGGUACAAGCCACAAGAUCCUCAGGUCAGUCUUAGCUGCACCUGGGGUGAAAGGGAAGAGGGUAACCAGUUUAUCACCUGAUGGUCUAACCGAUUUGAUACAAUCCAUCAUCUCCAAGAAACAAGAACAGAAAGACCCUUUCUAUGUACUCGACCUUGGAGUGGUAAUCAGCCUUAUGGAAAAAUGGAACCGUUCCCUUCCCAAUGUUCACCCCUUCUAUGCUGUCAAGUGUAAUCCUGAACCAGCACUCCUUGGAGCACUUGCAGCUCUCGGAGCUGGCUUUGACUGUGCUAGCCGUGGCGAGAUCGAAGCCGUGCUAGCACUUGGAGUCUCCCCAGAUCGCAUUAUCUAUGCCAAUCCAUGUAAAGCAGAGUCUCAUAUCAAAUACGCCGCUAGCGUUGGCGUUAACCUCACAACUUUUGAUUCUCGAGACGAAAUCGAGAAGAUUCAAAAGUGGCACCCAACGUGUUCUCUGAUGCUGCGACUUAAGGCUCCGGAAGACAGCGGUGCAAGGUGCCCGUUAGGCCCCAAGUACGGUGCAUUGCCGGAAGAGGUUACGCCACUCCUCGAAGCUUGUCAUGCUGCAGGGAUGGCUGUCGUUGGGAUCUCAUUCCAUGUGGGUAGCGGCGCUUCACAUUCACGCGCCUACCAUGGUGCCAUAGCUGCCGCUAAAGAAGCCUUCGAUACGGCGGCGAGGCUUGGUAUGCCUCGGAUGCACAUCCUCAAUGUCGGCGGCGGGUUCACGAAUGGUUCCAACUUCAAUGAUGCUACUGUUACCAUUAAGACAGCUCUGGAGACCUACUUCUCAAAUGAACCGGAUCUGACAAUUAUGUCCGAACCGGGUCGGUUUUUUGCGGAAAACGCAUUUACUCUGACUGUCAACAUUAUAGGGAAGCGUGUACGUGGUAAUCUGAGGGAAUACUGGAUCAACGAUGGGAUUUAUGGUUCCAUGAAUUGUCUACUGUACGAUCAUGCGACUGUAACAGCGAUGCCGUUGGCUUGGCCAUCAAACCGGGACAACCCAAUAUGUGAAGGAGCGAAGACCUAUCCGUCGACGGUGUUUGGCCCCACAUGUGAUGCUCUAGAUACGGUUCUGACGGGCCAUCAACUACCGGAGCUUCAGGUAAACGAUUGGCUUGUGUUCCCUAACAUGGGUGCUUAUACGACGGCUGCUGGGUCCAACUUCAAUGGCUUUAACACUUCAGCCAUUGGUAUGUACCUUACCUGUUCGAACCCAAGUUAAGAUCAUGCGUCCACAACAAGAUGCUAAGAUUCAAGAACAGCCCUACACUUUACCUA